UUUGUUCAUUUUUGUGAUGUUUUUAGGAAGAGUAUAUAAAUCAGUAGAGUUUCUUUACAGUUUCUUGAAUAUUAACUGUGAUCAUGAGUGAUAAGAAAGAGACAGAAAGCAGUGUUGCUGGGGCGAAAGAGAAAAAAACUGAAACUAAGGCAGGGGAAAAAUCGAAAGUUGAAGAUAAGACUAAACCUUCUGCUAAGGACUCUAAGAAGCCUGAAGCUAAACCAGCAUCUGCAAAAGAGGAUCCAAAGACCAAAAAAGAAACAUCACCAGAAUCUAAAGAGCCGAAAGUGGCUAGCAAGACUCCGACAGAUAACAAGCCCAAAGAAUCUCCUAAGAACAAAACAGUCGAAAAGAGUGCUAGUGAUUCACCAUCGAAACCUAACGAUACGAACAAAGCCUCCGACCCAAAAGCGAAACCUGCUGCGGAUAAACCGAAAACAGGAAGCCCCGCUACUUCGGGAAAAACAAACGAUACAAAAACUAAGCCUGCCGAAAAGAAAACGGCUAACUCGAAGCCUAAGCCGUCACCCUCCAAAGAGUCUUUGUCGAAAGACAGACCAAAAUCAAGUGAAGCAAUGAAGAAAAGUCCAUCAAAAGGAGAGGACAAAUUAAAAAAAGAAAAUGCCAAUAGCGGAAUAAAGCCAUCGCCAAGCAAAGAGAGCAAUACUGAAAAAGCUGAGAGUAAGCCAAAAGGAGAAGAGAAAAAACCUGCGCUCCCUAAGGACACUUCUGUCUCAACAGAGGGAAACAAAACCGUCGUAAAGGUGGAGGACGAGUCCAAGGCGGAUAAGGUAGAGACGAAAGCUGUAGCACCCGCGUCUCCUAAAUCCAAAGAAACAGAGUCGGAAGUUAAUCACGUGAAGGAAGGUGCUGAAGAUCAAGCCUCGAACCCUUCUGAUGAGGCUCCUCAAGCACCGCUAGCCAAACAAGAGGAGAAUGGCAGCAAGCAGACGACGACGCCCUCUGGUGUCUCGGCUAAAGAUGAAGAAAAAGAACUACUCACUGGGGGUGGGGGGUUGUCGUCAGUGAUGCAGGGCCUGAAUUCGCGGCUACUGUGCGCCAUCUUGGCCGUGGCACUUGGUUCAGCCUUCCAGCAUGGCUACAACCUGGGCGUCAUCAACGCGCCUCUUGAGCUGAUGGGCGACUGGCUGAACACGACCAACUACAACAGAACGGAGGAGUACCUCACGCAGAGCUCCAAGACAAUGAUCAUCUCAUGGAUUGUCUCGAUCUACUGCAUCGGCGGCAUGAUUGGUGGUGCCUUCACUGGCUUCUUCUCUGAGAGGUUCGGCCGUAAGGGCGGUCUGCUCAUCAACAACGUGUUCGCCUUCUUAGCCGCUAUUUUGUUCGGCUUCUGCAAGAUGGCGGGAUCCUGGGAAAUGAUUGUCGCAGGUCGCUUCUUCAUCGGCAUCAACAAUGGACUCAACGCUGGCCUGGCGCCCAUGUACCUGUCGGAGAUCGCCCCCACGAACCUCCGCGGCGCCAUUGGUACCGUCUACCAGCUGGCAGUCACCAUCUCAAUCCUGUUCUCACAAAUCAUGGGCCUGGAGUCGAUCCUGGGCUCAGAGAGUCUGUGGCCCAUAAUGUUGGCCCUCACGGCAGGCCCGGCCGUCUUCCAGCUGUGCGUGCUGCCCAUCUGCCCUGAGUCGCCCAAGUACCUCCUCAUCAACAAGGGCAAGCAGGUCGACUCCCAGAGAGCUCUGCAGUGGCUGCGCGACUCAACCAACGUGCACGACGAGAUGGAAGAGAUGCAGAGCGAGGCCGAGGCGCAGAAGCUUGUGCCGACGGUGUCCGUGCGCGAGAUCAUCACGAACCCAACCUUGCGCAUCCCGCUCGUCAUUUCCCUCAUGAUGAUGCUGGCGCAGCAGCUCUCCGGCAUCAACGCUGUGAUCUUCUUCUCAACGAAAAUCUACGAGUCUGCUGGUCUGAGCGAGGCAGCUUCCCUCUACGCGACCAUCGCCAUGGGCGCCAUGAACGUAGCCAUGACCCUCAUCUCCCUCGUUAUGGUCGAGAAGGCUGGCAGGAAAACCCUCAUGCUCACUGGCUUGACUGGCAUGAUGAUAGUCUCCCUACUGCUCACCAUUUGCCUUGCCCUCAAGGAUCACGGCACCUGGAUCAGCUACUUCUCAAUCGUGCUCGUCAUCUCCUUCGUCGUGAUGUUUGCCACAGGCCCCGGGUCCAUCCCUUGGUUCCUCGUCAACGAAGUCUUCGCCAGCAACGCUCGCCCCAUCGCCGCGUCCAUCGCCGUCGCGGUCAACUGGACCGCCGCCUUCCUGGUCGGGCUUCUCUUCCUACCCAUUGCCGAGGUAAUGGGUCCAUACGUGUUCCUGGUGUUCGUGGUUCUGCUGGCGUUCUUCAUCCUCUUCACGUGGAAGAAGGUUCCUGAGACCAAGGGUCGCAGCAUUGACGAAAUCACAGCGAUUUUCAAGCAGCAGGCUUACGGCAGCGGUAGCGGUAAUUUGGUCUAAAUUCUCUGGUGACAGUGAACUUUGGUCUGAAGUUGUCAUUAAUUAAAUGUUGGAUUUGUUCUCUUGAAAUGACGCUCUUCUGCUUGUAUGACGUCGCGACUGGGAUGUGGUCAACUACUGAACAGGAUAUUUUGACUGGAAAAGACAAUUUUCAGGUUACACUUGAAGUCGAAUGCUCUCUAUGAAUUUCAAGUAUAUUUUCUUUACAUCUAUUCCUUAAUCGUUCAUUCUACGGGCCUCUUAUUGGCUGUUGAGAAUUCUUUGCAGAGAUUACUAUUGUUUUAUCGUAAGGGAGCUCAAAAUUGCUAUAAAAUUAGUAGUCGCAUAACUACAUAUCAUUUAAUGUAUAUUGUUCAUGUCAAUGAAUGUUGCAUUUUGAUUGCAUUAGGUCGUGUAAUGAUCGUCGUAUCUCGUAUGAUCAUAAGAAAUGCAGCCAAAUUGAUAUUCCCGGUCAGCUGUUAUAUAAAUGCUGAGACUUGGGCGGCAUUAAUUAAGGAUCCCGAGCCGGGUUUUCGAAUAAGAAAUUUGACGUUGAAAAUGCAUGAGUAUUCAUCAUUUUUCACGAUAUUAUUAAGCAAUGUGUGUGCGUUCGUGUCAAUUAAUGAUAGGGGCCAAUUCGUAGCAUUAAAACUCCUUUCCGACAGCUCUAAAAUGUUCAUCGCCCUCAUAUGUCAUUGAUAGAAAGCACUCGUGCCAAACAGGCUGAUCUCAGCGAAUUACGAGAUUCAAUUUUACGUCAUAUUUUAAACGUUUUUCUGAUAUAUUAUAUAAUAAAAAUAGAAUAACAAAUUUUCUCUGCGUUAUCGUUAAACAUUUUUUUUUUAGAUUUCGCAAAGCUAUUAUAGUCAUUAUUCCUUAAAUAAAUUAUUGGGAUCGAAUUUCGACUUGCUGAAGAUAAUCGACGUGCCCGUGCACAAUCACUUUUUUAAAUUUUCCUGUGUCGUGUUCCCUGACUGUUUUUGUGAAUUAUGUAUAGGCAUUUUGGAGCGGUUUAAAAGUUCUACACUGUAAUUUUAAGAUUGAAUAAUAUCUAUACCUAUGAUCUUGAUACCCUCAAAAGAUAUGAGCACAUUUCAUUACAUUAUUAUCGGCAGCAGUGUUGAAAUUACAGCGCAAGUGACAAAUUCAACGUUGUCAGUUUUAUGAUAGAUUAUAUCGAUGAAUGUUAAUUGUAAUGUACUUCUUGCGUCUUCGAAGUCAUCGGGGGACUCUGAUUGUUGUCGUGUAUACUCAAGAUGGGUGACUGGGACUGAAGAUGAAUUUGAUCGCACGCUAAAUAACUUCUGGGUUAGGUUAGUAAAUAUCACAUCGUGACAUUUUUCAUUAGUGAUUACUUCUAAUAUCAGUGAUCAAUUACUUCAUUCAUUGGACCGGUUUUCAUGCUAUAUAGUUUUUGAUCCUGAACUUGUAUGCCUUUGGUAUUGUUGCAACUUAAAUACCGGUUUGUUGGGCAACUUUUUGCCAGAACCUUUGCUCUACUACCCUGUGAAUUCUGUGCUAAAGGCUUGCAAUUCUCAAUGAAUCAAUCAUUUAAUUGCAAAUAAUUCAAUAACUGCAGGACCUUUAUACCCGGUUCAUUACACACAAAUCAAACCCAUGAAAGUUAAUUUUUAUAAGUCGCCGUUUAAUAGAUUGUAAUUGAAUUAGGAUCUGGUGAGACGAUCGACUGUGAGUAGAUUUAGCAUAACUAUUUUUGCGAUCAUGCGCGUAAUAAGUGUUUUCGCUGUUGACGUAGCCGCUAUUUUUGCGAGUCACUUGAAGUGUUCUUAAAAGCGACCUGUGGCGUUACAAAGUGUGACUCGUCGUGCUUUAAGAAUUUUAUCCAGGAAUAGACAGUUAACGAAGUAAGUGCACGUAUAUUCUUUGUUAUAUUUUCUUUGUUAAAUUAAUCACACCGAGAAGGCAGAAGUCACCAGAUACAAGAAACUCUUGUAUCAUGACUCUAUCCAGGGUGUUUGGAAAAUAGCAUCGGUCAUACCCAUCGUAAAAGAAAAUUGUUAUCUGGCUAUUUCCUGGAUGAAAUGUACUGCUCUGUAUAAAAUAAGGUGCAAAUAUUUAUAUAGAUAUUAGACCGCAAUGUUUUUUCUAUAGUCUUGCUGUUUUAGUAUAUCGUAGACGUUUUCCUGAUGAGCACCCAAGUAAUGGGUAGGUAUCAUGUAGUCAUUACCUUAAAGCAAUUUUAAGGCGUGAAUAAUUCCUAAAACCCGAGAUUGUUUGCUUAGAGGCCGGCGAUGUGCAAUAGUACGAGAAGAAUAUUUUACUUGUUUAGAUGUAGGUCAUGAGCAUUUAACCCCGAAUCUUGUAAUGCAACAUAGCAGCAAUUAAAGCAGUAAAUCCAUGUGAUGUUUCCUGAAAUGAAAUAAUGACGACUGCAAAUUUUUCCAUUCAGUCGUUGUAUCCGUUUAAUUGACUAGAAUUUUAAUUUUAUCAUAUGAUACAUUGACUUAAAUUUUUAAAACAAGUGACUUUGGUUGAACUCAGUUUUUGGCUCUGUAUACCGCUGUGCAAUAUAUUUCAUGAUGUAGCUGCAUGGACAAUGAAGGUUGUGAUGAAACCUUCAAAUCCUAACCUAAGAACUUUCCAAGGAACACUCCACGAAAGUUCCAGCACGUAAAGGUAGGGCAGUCUGUUUCUUCUUUGCUGAAGUCUAACUAGAAGCAGCUCUAAUCUCGCUAAGUUGAACAUAUUUUCAUGUCAUGAGUAAAUAAUAUCAUUGUGAA